AUGUAGUUUAAUAUGUUGUAUUAAUGUGUUUAACAUGUUGUAUAAUACAGUUCUCUACAGUGACAGCUUAUUGGACUGUUAUUGAAACACCUUGCAGACCAUAAAUUAGUUUUAUUUUUCCUGGAUACAGGAAAUUUCUCUUCCGGCUGAUUGUUUUGACCAGUAAUAAUUGAGCUCGAGAUAAUGGAAAUGGUCAUAUAAUGCUUUCGUGGUAUCGAUUUACCAUUAAGUUCUCUCAAGAUGGAGGCUCCUCUCCGGGGAAGGGGUUCGACACAGACUGUCCAUCUUGGUAAAUAUUAUUAAAUUGGAUUGAAGUGAUGAGAUGAUUACAGUGACCCGAGUCUAUACAUCUACAAAUGGAUUGCCAAUUCAACUCUCCCAGACACCAAAUCAAUACUAGCACCAUUUCAUGGUUAAAAGAUAUUCACCACUGAAGCGUGAUGUACAUCAAAGAAAAUAAUGUAUCUGAAGUAUUACGGAUUAAGAAUUAAGUAGGAUGGCCAUAUUGAUUGUCUAAAUGGUUUCUGAGCUUGGAAGAUCAGCCAGGCCAAGUACGAUGUUCAGUGCCAAAUUAAAGGUUGUUAUGUGCAAAGAUACCAGAAAAGUUUGAUGAUUGUAGCAUUGUGAUCGAUUGAUAGAAAUAAUUUGGUGUGUUAGCCGAGUUGGUAUUAAUAAGAAUUGUUUAUCAUCACAAUCUAAUAGAGUAACAAUGUUGAAAUUACAAACACUGCAAAUUUUGACUUCUGGAUUUAGAAAAAAGUGCAAAUGUUAAUUCUGUCACGAAAGAACCAUACGACUAUUAAUGUGGUCGUUGAGUCCAGUUUAAAUAUAUAGAAUGGAGUGUUUAGCUUACAAUCAACAGAGGUUCGCCUCUGUUAUAAACAACAUUAAUAAGGAACUUCACCAGAAGGGUUUCAUGAUGACAGAUGAAGAUCAGUCUCUGGAGGCGACUAGUUCCGCUGCAAAAGCCAUGUUACAACAACGCCAAUUAUUAACAGAUAUGAGAUCUCAGAAUUAUGAUGUUAUUAGAUUUGCUACGUAUAGAACGGCCUGUAAAUUACGAUUUAUACAGAAAAAAACAAACUUUCAUUUAAUUGAUAUUUGGAAUGUUAUACAGGCAUUCAGAGAGAAUGGACUAAAUACGAUGGAUCCGAGUUAUGAACUUAGUGCAUCGAAAGUAGAAUCUAUAUUAGCAUCAUUGUUCACACAAUUAAAUAAAAGACUUCUAGCUACUAAUCAGAUACCUGCGGAAGAAUCUAAAAUUCUACUGUUAAAUUGGAUAUUAACUGCUUACGACAGAAAUAAUAGUGGUAAAACACGGGUUUUAGCUGUUAAAGUUGUCCUUUCUCAUCUUUGUUCAGGAAAACUGGUGGAUAAGCUUAGAUAUAUUUUUACGCAGUUGUCUGAUUCCAGUGGUUGUAUGAUCUGGUCUCGAUUUGAAGUCUACCUCAGAGAUUUAUUGACAAUACCAACAGCAGUUUUUGAAGGUCCGUCAUUUGGAUAUAAUAGUUCUGCAGCUAGAAGCUGUUUUGAACCUACUUCAAAAGUGAACAUUAAUGAUUUUUUAAGUGUUUUGAUGGCUGAUCCAGGUCCUCAAUGUUUAAUGUGGCUUCCAAUAUUAACUCGAAUAGCUACAGCUGAAAAUGUUUUACAUCCCAUUCCAUGUGAAGGUUGUCAUCGUCAGUCAUUUACUGGUCUACGUUAUAAAUGUGAUAGAUGUCAUAAUUAUCAACUGUGUCAGGAUUGUUUCUGGCGAGGUCGUGUUUCAGGAAAUCACAAUAUAGAUCAUCCAAUGAAAGAAUAUAAAUCAUAUAAAAGCCAUGUUAAACAAAUUGGUCAUUCCAUCAAGAAGUCUUUCCAUUGUGUUCCUCAUAAAUCUAAUCAUAAAUUACCACAUUACCCUGAUGCACCAGAAAAGAAAAUAGAUCUGUCAUAUAUAGUCCCUCCAACCCCGAUAGCAUGUAGAAAUGGUUAUCCCACAAAUUUAGUCGUACAUACAGCUGAAGUGUCUUCCAUGGACAGUACUUGUAGUUCAGCACCUAGAAGUCCAAGUAAAUUACAUUCAAGUAUAGAAUCAUGUCGUAUUGAUGAUGAACACAGACUAAUUGCCAGAUAUGCUGCCAGAUUAGCGGCAGAUGCCAAAAAUGCGGCAAGAAGUCCAUCUGAAAUACAUUGUAGUGUAGAUUCUAAUAAAGCUCAGCGUGAGCUCAUUGGUCAGCUAGAAGCCAAAAACAGGGAGAUUAUGCGAGAAAUCCAAAGAUUGAGACUGGAACAAGAAGCAUUUGCUCAAGAAAAUGCUGAAGCACAAUACAACCCAACAUUGUUAGCAGAACUAAGAAUAUUACGACAAAGGAAAGAUGAACUAGAAUCUAGAAUGCAAUCGCUACAGGAAAGUCGUAAAGAUUUAAUGGUACAAUUAGAAACUCUGAUGAAACUAUUGAAGAAUCAUCCAAGUUCUCCUCGUUCCACACCAAAUAGUUCUCCACGAUCACGAAAUGCCAUGUCACCAACUAUUGUAAACAAUGCCAACAAUAAGGGUAGUUCACCUAGUACACCCAUGGAAUCAUCUCUAACUGGUCUGGGUGGUGAUGUUCGACAAGCAUUUAAUCAGAGACCGUCUGUUAGUAAUCCUGGGAAUUUACGGCAAGACUUACUUGUUGCUGCAGAUUCUGUAACAAAUGCCAUGUCGUCUUUGGUGAAAGAACUUAAUUCUGAGAAUAGUGAUGAAGAUGAAUAUGGUAUAAAUGGUCAACAGUCAGUUAUGUACGAGUCUGAUGCCAUGAUCCGAUCUACAGGAUCAGAAGAGAUGGAUUCAUGGAAAGAUGAUAUUCAAUGGAGAUUAAAACAGGAAUCCGAAUUUUUAGCACAGUUGCGAGCUAGAAGACAAAGAAGUGCCAACAGUAGUAGAGCAGGAAGUGAUACGGAUACAGAUAACUACAUUCCAACAGAUGAUUGUGAUUCAUAUGUUAGAACAGAUGAUGAGAGUGCUCUAGCUACAGAUGAUGCAGAAUCAUUUCUAAAUAACGAUAGAAUGUUCCGAUCACUGGAAGAAUCAGAAUUAAGUUUACGUGAUGGACACACAAAAGAUGUUAUGACAAGUAGUAGAUAUACAACAGAUGAAGAAAGUUAUUUACAAACUGAUGAUGAAUCUUUUAUAAGAACAGAUGAUGAAGAAGGUGGAGGUACUGACUGGGAGGAAUCCACAAGAAGAUGGAUUAAUCGUUGAGAAAUUGCAAAUAUAUAUAAAAACUUUAACCACAUAGAGCCCCAAUUAUAUCCAUUCCUGCUUGUUUUGAAUGAGUGACAGAUGAAGUGGAAUACUAGAGAAUAAAUGUUAAUAGAUAAUGAGAAAGAUUUUGUUAAAUGAUAGUGUUAUAUAUUGUAAUGUAGAUACAAUUGUUAAUGAUUUACCUCUUAUACAAUAACUGUUGAUAUAAAUAUAGAUAGACUCCAUCAUGGCUUACGUUUUAAAUCAAUCUGAUUAAAGCACAGAUCCUAUUUCAUUUUGUCUUUUAUUGUUCAAAAUUUCGUUUUACUGGUCUUUAUUAAUACACUAGGAUCUGGAAGAGUUGUUAUAUUACCGGCGUUUUGGCUGAAGUGGGAUAAGGCAACUUUCUUGGCGUGCCAUGCACGGAACUGUGGGUAAACCACUAGAAAUGUCAAUGCUGAUUGAUUAAUCAAUGUCUGAUGUCAUAGGGUCAAAAGUCGCUCAUAUGACCCCUGACACAACCUACCAGUACAUCUUGUCAGAUCUUCAUGUGUAGGCAAAAACGAAACGAAAUAUAGAUCUGUAUUUUAAUCAGAUAGGUUUUAAAUAUACAUGACUGAACACUCUCCCACAUUAAAUAUACCAGUGGAAGCAGGUGAUUUUAUUCUUGUAUGAUAUUAUUUUAUUUAUUAAAGACACAGUGGGUUAGAAGAAAGUCAAUAAACAUUUUCCUAUUUUAAAUUUAACAAAAUCAAAGAUGCAUUAUGUAAGAUUUUGACACGACAGUUAAUAAAUAGAUAAUGAAAAGGGAAUAUGUUGAAAAUUUCAGUCCAAUUACUUCAUUCUGAGCAGAGUUAUGGCCCUUAGAAGAACAGUGUAGUCUCGAUUGUCUUUGCUACCGUUGUUACGAUAAUAAACACAGUCUUAAUUAUCUUUUUUUUUUAGUGAAAUUAUUAACUGCCGAUCUGAUUAAAUCCAUUUAUAUCACUACCAUCCAAUGGUCUAGAGAGUUGAUUAUGGGCUUGUCGUAUAAAUAAAUAUCUAAUUAAUGAUUUAUUUAACCCUAGCGGUUGACCUGACUUAGCAUGGAUAUAGUUAUGAACCGGAAGUAGCAUAAUCCUGAAACCGGAAGUGGUAGUCCAUCGCCACCAGGCCUGUGUUACUGCCUGGUCUGAGCUAUCCCUAUAUACCAAAUUUCAGCCAAGGGACACCCUAAUGUAGCCGCCAACCCAAAACAGACAGACACAAACAACAGACAGUCACAAAUAUUAGUAUAGAUUUGUCGGAGCAGAACAGUAGUACCUUAACCCCAUUUCAUUUCAUUUAGUAUAGAUUUGAGGAAAAACAAAAGAUCUGCAUUAGGCAGAUUUAGCUCUUACAUAAUGCAUCUUUAAGAGCUAAAAGUGAUCAUUAGAUAGUCACUUCAACAUUAGAAAAAAAACCUAGGUUACAUACCAUCUUGACCUUGAUGUUAGUGGAUAGAAAUGAGUUAUUAUUUGUAUAACUUUACCGACAAUUACAUGAAAUUAAAGUUGUCAGUAGGAAAUCAGUGGAAUGUAAUUUGAACAUUAGAUUGAUUGAUUUUAUCAUUUUUGGAUUAAUAGAUUUUUUGUUAAGACUAAUUUUAAUUGUGUAUGAUCUGAAAUUUUGCUUGAAUUUUCAAGGAAAAAAAAAUUCAAAUUAGAAUUAUUUUAUUUUUAUAAGUAAGCCUUACCGGUAGAUGAAUGUAAUGUAUAUUAUUGUUUAGAUGAUUCACACAAUUGAUAUCUAAUUAAAAACAUAGCAUUCAUUACUUCAAGAUAUAUAUAAUAAUAUAACAAUAGAGUUUAUAGUCAAUAUCCUUCAUAGAAAAAAAAAACAAUUAAACGAGAUAAAAGGAAAAGCUCAAUAACUUUUUAAACAUAAGCCAUGUACAGGUAUUGUUCAAUAGUGUUAACUCAAUAGCUUAUGGCGUAUUGUAAUAUUUAUGUAAUAAACAUUAAAAUCUAUAAAAUUAAUGAACAAAUGUAAUGUUAUUUCAAUGUAAUAUUGAUCCAGUUGUGGAAAAUAAUAUUCCAUUUAUUUGUCUCUAUUUUAGGUCUAAAAAUAUGAAUAUUUCUAACCAGGUUACAAUUCAAAUUGACAACUUUGAUUGAUUGAUAGUUUUGGGAGAAAAAAUUAGAUCGUUUAAAUCCAAUAUCGUUUUUUUAUUGUCAUCCAAAGAUGAAAUAAAGGGAGAUAACCUGAUAGAUUUGGGUCCGUCUGAUUUGAUGCUUUAUCUAUUUAUAUAGUUUGUGUUGGUAUGUACAUAUAUUUAUGGAAGCUUAGUCCCUUUAAGCUAAAAUUAUGAGAUUUUAAUUGUUUUCUUUUAACUUCAAUCUCUUAUUACAUUCAAUUAUUAAAGAUUGUUGUGAAAAUGUGACAAAAGCAAUACAUCAGGAUUAUCAGAGGAAUUCUUAGCGUAGUAUAAGUCGACUAGGGAGAUAGAACUAUUAUAGACACUGUAUGUAGAACAAAAAAAAAAAACAACACCCAACCCAUUAGUUGUAAGCCUAAUCUAAUCAGAAGGAAACAAUAUUAUCAGAUUUACCCCAUCCAAGAACAAAUAUCUAUUAAAUAUUGAAGACUUGGUUUAAAUAAUAGAUGAGUUUGUAAUUCUUUGUGAAAUGUCUAUGAAGCUCCACAAACCUGAUCAAUACCACAAGAUUCAAGAAAUAGACAAUAGCCCAUGAUGUGUGGUGACUGCAAAGAUUAUGUUUGUGGAGGGUUGCAGUUGUUAUAUUUGGCCACACUUAAUUUGUUUUAUGUUCUACUAUUGUUGUAAUGUCCUAUUAAAUGAUUGGUUGUGAACAGAGUGAGAUGGAUAUUACAACUUAUAUUAAAAUUAUAUCAAAUAUUUUUAUCAUUGUACAUGUACAGUCAAAUAAUCCCAUUUUAUUUUUACAUCGUCUUAUAUUUAGAUGCAAAUAAUAUUAUUUCUCAAUUAAUUGCCAUGAUAUUAGAUACUGUUUAUUGUGUCUGUGCGUUAUAUUCUUUUAUAUUUAUCAUCAUUUUAUUUUAUUAAAAUGGAAUUUCACACAGAAUUUAUUUGUGUUGUAGUCGCAGAAUAUUAAAUACUGCUAUAAAAUUGUAUUAUCUAAUUGUAGGGCUGAUCGAUAGAUGGUCCUUAUCAAAAAGCUUCUGUUUUUAGGACCUAUGGAAAUAACUGGUACUAGCUUGUACUCUGAAGAAUUUAAUGUUUUCUUUAGAAAUACAUGAACAGAACUAAUUUGUAUAUCCAGUACACAAUCAUGUAUGGAGUAUUAUUUUUGACUUGAUAAGUGGAUGUGAUUUUGGAGACAAAUAAAAAUCAUACACCACUAUGAAUGGUCCCAAUUCCUACCGGUUUGAUUGUUUUGAUUAUCCAAAGAUUUUAUUUUAAGCCAGUACUAAUUAGACAAAAAAAAGUAUGGAAGUAUUUUUGAAAUUAAUAAAAGAAGUAAAUUUUGUUUUAAUUUGUACCCUGGUAUAAGAGAGUCGUAUGUAUUAUUGUUUAAAGACUUGAUCAUAUUGUAUUAUGAUGUUGUAAAUAUUUGUUGUGUAUAAUGUAUACUGAUUAAUGCUUUAGUUGUUUUAUUUUAUUUGUUUUAUAUUAAAUGUUAUGUUGUUUGUAUUGAAACCAGUGUAAAACAUAGUCAUCUCAUAUACAAGAUGUUUAAGCCAUUCAAUGUGGUAACUUGUCAUUUACAACAAUAUCAUUUAGAUUGCUGACUUACAAUUUCAUUUCGUUUGCUGAUUUUAUUAUUAACGAUUUUCUUUAGUUUACUGACUUAUAAUUUUCACAUGAUAUUUAAAGGAGCCAUCGAAUAUGUUUUAGUGAAUAAAAAUUGUUAAAUAUGUUUAAAACACUCUUAGGAAUAUUUACCCUAGAGCACAUCUGAAGCAAGUUGUCGAAAAACUAUAAAUUAAUAAGUUUCUAAACUGACUUCAUCAAUAAUGUGUGCAUAACUAUAUUGAUUAUAGUAUGUCAUAUAAUUACAUCAUAAUGUCCUAAGUAUUAUUGAGUUAUUGGACUAUUAUAAUCAGUAUCAUUGUUUAAAGGAGAGCUUCAACCAUUGCAGCUUCUUUAUAUUUUAUUCAUUAUUUAUACUCGUAAAAGAAACUAAACCAUGACUAUAUUCAGCAAAUAUACUGUAUGUAAUGUGAUUAUAGCCUCUUUCGUGAGGCUCUUGGAGUAGCUCAAUGAGCUAAAAUUCAUUUCAUUUCCCUGUAGAAAUUUUAGACCCAGUCCACAACUGACUGCCAUUAAACAAAGUAGUGCAUAUACUGUAACAUUCAUUGACCCCAACAAUCAGUGUGUUCUCAUAUAGACACAUUUUUUCAGUGCAGGUAGAACAAAGUCAUUGACAGUUACCUAUCAUCACAGACUGUCCUUGUUUGUUAAUUUCAAGAAAAAGGAUUUGUUUGUCAGGUUCUGCUUUUAUGAAUAAAGAAAAUAUAAAGAAUUUUCCUUCAAUUAAAAGUAGUUUCUAUCAAAUAGAUAAUGUCAAUCACAAUAAACAGAAGUCAUGAAAUUACAUGGGUUUUCUUUUUAAAAAAAAUUCAUUUAAAAUUAGCUCAAGUGUUGUGGAACAUUUUAAUUGCCAGUAUGUUUUAAAAAAAUUGUGACAAAUUUGUGAAGUCCCAGAAAGUAUGUGUUGUAUUGUAUUUUAUAUAGAUUAUUCUGUUGGCUUUGUAAGUAGCACAAUCUAUAGACAAUUUAAAUACUGUAAUAUUAGCAAAGAUUCAUAUUUUUUAUCUUUACUCUUAAGCCAAUUCAAUGCAGUCUAUUAAUUUGACAGUAUAUUAACUUCAAAACAAAUAGUAUUAAGGCACAACUGUGGUCGUUACGUCAACACAUCAGAUUGCUUUAGAUUUGGAUUGUGUGGAAAAGCUACUCAUGACGGAAAAUAUUAAAGGCUUAUUUGUUGUUGUAUCCUAACAAUAAGCAAAUAUAAUUGUUGCCUAAACUGAAGUUAUUUGAUGUGUGGAACUGUGCCUCCAGUUAAGCUUAUAUCAACAUGUAACUUGAUCAAUUUUCUACAAUAAUGCUGAAUAUAUUACUGUAUAAAUCAUAUUGCUUGUUAUCAUAUGGAAUAAAAUAUUGUUACCAUGUUA